UCAUGCAACAAAUUAAUCCAUAAAGGCGAAACCAUUCUUAUUAAUUAUCUACUAAAAAUCUUCAACACCAUGAGCUCUAAUCUAUCAAAAAUCUCCAAUCCCUACUCUUUCUCAAAGAUGGACAUAGACGAGCUCGGAUGGGUGGAAGGCAUGCGUAAAUCCAUCUGCGAACAAGACGACGAAGAGAUCGGCAAAAUCCCUGUUUCCAUCUUCACCGUCCCAAAAGUACUUCUCGCCACCAAUCCCGAAUGCUACAUCCCACAACAAGUGGCGUUAGGCCCGUUCCAUCAUUGGCGCCCCGAGGUUUACGACAUGCAAAGGUUCAAGCUGGCCGCAGCACGAAGAACCCAAAAGUACAUGAAUGUUAGCUUUGAUCGUAUCGUCGAGAUCAUGAAAGAUAAAGAUGAGGCGAGAAUCCGCGCAUGUUAUCAUAAGUUUCUUGAUAUGUCGGGGGAUGCUCUAGUCUGGAUGAUGGCUGUUGACAUGGCGUUUUUACUCGAAUUCCUUCAUGUGUAUUCUAUAAAAGAAGAAGAUCGGGUGUUGAAGAAAGUUAAUUCCUCGACGUCGCAUUUGGUUGAUAGUUCGGGGAAGAAACUAUCACAUAUGGCGAUUCUUCGUGAUCUACUCAUGGUCGAGAAUCAAAUCCCGUUCUUUCUCAUCAAGACCAUGUUGGAGCAUCAAUUUAAAGAAGCCGAAAACGAAUCUGCGGGAGAGACGUUGAAGAAGAUGCUCAUGGGAUUGUAUCGUGAGCUGUCCCCUUUUCAUGAGCUAGAACUCGCUGAUGUCGGUAUCGAAGACUGUGAUCACAUACUCGACUUUAUGUACCACAUGACGGUCCCAAACAAUAAAGAGCUUCAUAUCGAAGAAGCUAUUGAAAUCGAGUAUGAAGGUAUCACUGAAGACGUCAAAGGUAAUAGUGGUGAAGAAGAGUCGUCCACUUUUGCUAAGCCUAGUGAACUUCGAAGGUUUACGAAUUAUAUAUGGACUAUUCUCGUGAAAUCAAACGCGGGAAUGUUAAAGAUUUUCAAGAAAGUACUUUUCGGAAGAUUUAUGAAAAUGAUUGUGAAAUUACCUUGGGCGAUUAUAUCUAGACUUCCAAUACUCAAGGCCUUUAAAGAACCUAUAGAAAACAUGCUCGGACACUUUCGUGGCGAAGGCGGUGAAAAAACAACAGAAGAAGAUGGUAACGAAAAGGCGCCACGAAUCGAAGAAAUAACGAUCCCAUCGGUCGUUGAAAUGGCCAAAGCCGGGAUCCUUUUCUCCCCGGUCAAAGGUGGAAUAUCAACACUUAGUUUCGAUACCAAAACAUCUACACUUUAUCUUCCCGUGGUCGAACUAGACGUCAAUACCGAGGUUUAUUUGAGGAACUUGGUGGCAUACGAGGCGUGUGUUGCAGCGGGGCCGUUAGUGGUUGCUCGUUACACCGAGUUAAUGAAUGGAAUAAUCGACACAGAAGAAGACGCAAAGUUUUUGAGAGAAAGAGGGAUAGUGUUGAACCAUUUGAAGAGCGAUAAGGAGGUUGCGGAUUUAUGGAAUGGGAUGAGUAAAUCCGUGAAAUUAACAAAAGUGCCAAAGAUGGAUAAAGUGAUUGAGGAUGUGAACAAAAGGUAUGCUCAAACUUGGAGGGUGAAAUUGGCAAUGUUUAUGAGAAAAUAUGUAUUUGCAUCUUGGAAGAUAUUAACAUUGUUGGCUGCAUUGUUUAUGUUGUUCUUGACAUUUGUACAAGCUUUCUGCUCAGUCUACAGUUGUGCUCGAGUGUUCCAUCAGCUCCCCGAAAUUCCUGGAGAUGAAGCUGCUUCUGGCGCCUAGCUAGACCUAGUAAUUAUUCAUAUACGAGUACUACUGGAGUAGUGUUCGUGUACUUACCGUAUGCAAUGUGCAUGCUUUUAAUUAGCUAGAUAAUUUACAACCUUAUUUUGUUUUGACUUUGUCUAUGCGUUUGAUGACUUUGAUUUAAAAGUCCACUUAUUGAUUAUACAUGCCAGACUGGUUGAUGCUUCUUAAAA